AUGGGCGCGGCGACAGCUAACAGCACGCUCAGGUAUGGAUUAACCGUAGAGACACCGAGGUCACCGUCCUACGACACGACAUUGCUAUGGCGAAGGGAUUUAGCCAAGCGGUUACGGCGUCGUUCCAGACCCACGCCGAUCCCAGCUAGACAUCCCAAGGCUGCCGUCAUAGACAGAACUACCGAGAAACGAAAGUCGCUGCAGGAAACUACCAAGGAGGUAAAUAAACCAAUUAUUAAAGCUCAGUCCGUCAGAUCACAUGCGAGCAGUCGCACUGUGAUAGAAGCGCAGCUGUCUCAGGCGGAGCUCGAGGCCAGCGAACGGCUAGCGGAGAUAUCCCGGAGGGAGUUGCAGCUAGAAGCGGACAUGGUACGUAAACGGCUAGACGCCAGAAAACUGCAGAUCCGCGCUAAUGCGGAUAGCGCAGACGAGCACGAAUCUGCUGGUAGCGUGCGGAAUUCGAAUCAAGAUCGAUUAGACGAAUGGCUAGAGAACUCGCGAGACGCGACGUCAAAACCCAUUUGUAAGAGGUUAACCGACGAACCUCUACCCAAGUACGAGACUCCGAGACGACCUGCGCAGGCGGAGCGGCAUAUUCGAGGCCUCUCACCGGACCGCCAGCGACGCAGGCGAUCGACGACGCCGCCGGCGCGUCGCGAGCGAUCGACGUCGCCACAGCUGGACGCGCGUACUCCGCACACGGCGCACACGCGCGCCACCGAAGGUACUGUAGCAGAGUCCAUGCUGCACCUGUUCGAGAGGAUGCAGAUGGCGGCCCGUCCAGCCCCGAAAGAUAUAUUCGAGCUGCCGCAUUUCUACGGAGACGUCAGCGAGUGGAGAAGUUUCUACAAUACCUACGCAGAGACAUCGAAGCGGUAUAAGUUUACUGACUACGAGAACGUGGCGCGGCUCAGGAUGGCUUUACGCGGGGACGCAAAGACGUGUGUGUCUCACGUGUUAUCGACAGCCACCAGACCCGAUAUGAUCGUGAGAAUACUGAAAAAGCAGUUUGGACGCAGCGAGGGAACGGCGCAUAUCUUCGCUUUCCUUGACGAUGGAUCCACCUUGUCAAUGAUCGACCAGGACGUCGCGGACGAGAUCGGCGCGGUCGGUCAAGACGAGCCGCUAUGCAUAAGAGGUAUUCAGCGGUUGAAACUUAGCUCAGUGACACAGACGGUCAAGGCUAAAGUAAGCCCCGCUCGUGGCGGCUUGACAUACGAUAUAUCCCUAAAAACAGUAGACGGACUAGGGAUACGCUCGCAGUCAUUAAAUAAGAAGCGUCUAUUGGAAUACGAACAUCUGGCGGACUUGGGCGACGAGUGCUACACGGGCAUGGGCGUGCCGCAGAUGUUAAUAGGCGGAGACUUCAGUCAUCUUAUAAACCCGACGGAGGUGAGGCAGGGCGGCGAGGACGAGCCGUGCGCAGUUAAAACCUCGUUAGGAUGGGUUUUCUUCGGGCGAAUGCCGAGGUAUGUACCAAAUAACGAGCAGGUCGUGAUGCACUGCCACAGUGACGACAGUGAUCUCGUGGAGCAGGUCAAGAAACACUGGGCAGUCGAGGCGCUUGGCAUAACGGCAAAAGACAACAUUCGACCCGACGACCAGCGAGCGAUCGAUACAUUCGAACGAACAGUAAAAAAGGUAGGACAGAGAUACGAAGUCGGCCAACUAUGGGCUGCCGACGACAUAAAGCUGCCACCGAGUUUCAACAUGGCGAAGGCGAGAUUACGCAAUCUAGAAGCCCGCAUGUCGAGAGAUCCUGACUUCGCCAACGAGUAUCAAGCACAGAUACACAAGCUUCUGGAAAAGGGGUACGCAGAGCGCAUCAUGGAACCACCGCAGUCAGAUCGGAUGUGGUUUCUGCCCCAUUUCAGCGUCUACAAUUUAAAUAAAGGAAAGUAUCGCGCUGUAUUCGAUUGCGCCGCGAAAAGUCAGGGAUGUGCAUUGAACGAUUUCAUCCUCGCGGGACCGGAUUUACUACAGAGCCUGCUGGGGAUACUACUUCGAUUCCGUGAGUGGGAAUUCGCCGUCACCGCGGACAUACAGGAAAUGUUCCUUCAAAUACAGCUGCGAAGAGAGGAUCGGCAUAGUCAGCUCUUCAUCUGGAGGGGAUCGCGGCGUGACGUGACACCGUGGACGUACCAGCUAAACCGGGUAUGUUUCGGUAACAUCUCUUCUCCUUUUCUCGCACACUCGGUGCGGAAUAGGAAUGCGACGGACAACAAGGAUCGCUAUCCGGACGCGGUCUACGAUAUCCAUAAUAAUCACUACAUGGACGAUUAUGUGGCAUCAUAUGAGACAGAACGGGAACUCAUAUCAACAGCGACACAGGUGAGACUAGCACACGCGGAGGCUAGUUUUCGGCUGCGCAGCUACGCUAGCAACAGCGAGUUGUUAAUGCGAAACAUCGAUCCGGAGGAGCGAGCGACGGGACCUUCUCAUCUCGGAGAAAAGCAACAGACCGUCCUCGGAAUGACGUGGGACCCAGAGACGGAUACGCUGGGGUACAACACGAAAAUGCUACGAGUGCCAGACGACGUGAAAAGGUACGAGCGAUCGCCCACUAAAAGGGAACUUUUGAGUGCCGUAAUGUCAGUUUACGACCCAUUAGGCCUCAUAGCGCAGUAUAUGAUAAGCGCUAAGAUCAUAUUCCAACGUGUGUGGACAAAGGGCACGGACUGGGACGAGCGGCUGCCGGCGGAGGAAGCGGAGGACUUUUUCCGGUGGCUGAGGGCACUGAGCGACGUGUCCGCGCUGCGAAUACCCCGACGAUACGCCACGCCCACCGGUGCAGUUGGAAGAGAACUGCAUAUUUUCAGUGAUGCAUCGACCGAGGCCUACAGCGCGGCGGCCUAUUGGCGAGUAUCGAACGACGAGGAGGAAACGCAAGUGAGCUUAGCUAUAGCGAAAAGCCGAGUUUGCCCGCUAAAGGUAAUGACAGUUCCCAGGCUCGAAUUAACCGCAGCAGUCGUCGGCGUGCGGCUGGCGGAGACAAUUUUACGCGAGCAGCGUUAUCCUGUGACAAAGGUGACGUAUUGGACAGAUUCCAUGGUUGUUCUCGGAUGGGUUCGCGAUGACGCGCGAAACUAUCGUCCGUACGUGUCACACCGACUUGCGGAGAUCGCCGAGAAAACAGAUAGAGACGCGUGGAGGUAUGUACCAACCGCUCAGAACCCCGCAGAUCGAGCGACGAGAUGUCAACCAGCGCAGAGCGUGCGCAUCGAGGACGAGUGGUACGAAGGACCGCGCUUUCUCUAUGGACCCGAGACAUCAUGGCCUAGUCACACAUCGAAUCGAACAGACGACCUGCCUGAGAGGAAGGCGAGGCCGUCAACCGCGACAUCACUGGCGAUCAUCUCAGCGAAGCCAGACCCUUCGAGCGUACUGCCAGACGUGAGACGAUUUAGCAGUUACGACAGACUGUUGAACGCGACAGCGAACGUCUUGCUAUUCAUCGAGAAAACGAGAACGAAGAAUAAAGCCUUGCAGCUACAAGGCUAG